GUUAAAUCGACAAGACCUGUUAGAUACGUACUUCAGGAAAGGUGCUCCCAGCAAGCAUUCUGAAGACAUAUGGGACGAUUUUCUCACUGAACUACAUGCUAUUGAUGUAGUGAAUCUGGAAUCAAAAGAAAAAGACAAAAAACCCGAUGUCAAGAGGAAGAAAAAGAUGAAGAACACCAAGAAAACAAAAGAGGAGAAAUUGAGCGAUGUUGGUGUUAAAUCAGAGGUCUAUAAAAAGGAUGUCGACAACAAGAUUGUAGGAGACAAUGAAACUUUACGUGAUGACAAUGUGAUCCUGCCUAAUUCAGAUGUUGAAUCCAUGGCAGAGGAGGCUGAAAGGGACAAUGUGGAAUUGGGAGACGAUUCCUCUUUGUCUGACGAUUCGAGGAUACUUCCAACUACAGAUAUGCAGCAGCAUCCGGUAAUGAAUGUAAUUGCCGAGGAUGUGGUCAUUGGGGACCAAAUAAUUGUUGACAGGAGCAGCAGACCCUCUGAAGGUAUCAACGAGCAUAAGUGA